AUGUGGGAAUGCAGCUGUGGGGGGGCCCAAUUGCUUAGGAAAAGGGUUGUUUUCAUCGACAUUCCCGUGAACGUGACGCCGCAGCAGUCGAUCUCCUCCUACUACCCGGACUACAUUUGUUCGCUGCCCAAGGACAAUGGCAUGCACCGCUGCCAGAAUCUGCCGCCGACGAAAUACGAAGGUUUGGACUGCAACGGCACAGCGAAACCGUUCGAGAGCAACGAACCCACCAAUGAAUCGUGUGUCAACUGGAACCAAUACUACACCGACUGCCGGCCGGGGGACAAGAAUCCCUUCCAGGGCACCAUAUCCUUCGACAACAUCGGGCUCGCCUGGGUGGCCAUUUUCCUAGUAAUCAGUUUAGAAGGCUGGACGGACAUCAUGUACUAUGUUCAAGACGCACAUUCAUUCUGGGAUUGGAUUUAUUUUGUUCUACUAAUUGUGAUCGGGUCCUUCUUCCUGAUCAACCUGUGUCUCGUCGUCAUCGCCACGCAGUUCUCGGAGACGAAGAAGCGCGAGAUGGAGCGUAUGAAGAUGGAGCGAGCUCGGUUCCACUCGACGAGCACUCUGGCGUCGGGCUCCAUGUCGGAACCGAACUCAUGCUACGCCGAGAUCAUCAAGUACAUCGCCCACCUGUACAGACGAGCGAGACGAAAGUUGUACUCCCGCUAUAGACAGUUCCGCCGCCGCCACCGAUCUGAGCACCCGCGACAAUUAAGCCUUAAGAAGCAGCGGCGCCGUCGGCAGUAUGUGCUCGCCCAACACGCGCUUCUGACGCGCGAGCCGGGAGGCCACCUGACGCCGAGCACCGUGGUCACCAUGCCCACGGGCGUCGCCGGGGGAGUGGGUCCUGGCGGGGGCUUUACUGUGAUGAAUAACGUCACCGCCACGAGUCCUCAGCUUUUAUCGCCCCCAGAGGUUAAUGAGGGCCAGGAGGAUAGUAGAAACAAUAGCGCUCCUCGCGCUAGCCCAGAGGUGUCUGAAGUCGACCCUCAGACGUCCCCUCACCGCCCGGUCCUCCUCAUGAUCCCCAGUGGUGCUAGCGUUGAAGGGAACAAUGAGCUGGUGCCCCCAUCACCCGCAGGAGCCUGCACUCCCCGGCACAGAAGACGAAGCUCUGUGAUGUUUAGUGACGUGGUGCUCCUGCACGGCCACGCGGGCGAGACCGCCACCAAGAACGUCUGCCACAGUGAGAAGACGACGCAGACCGACGACGAGCCGCUGGACCCAGCCUACUUCCGUGAGCCUCUGCCCCCUUCCCCUCACACGCCGGGCCCCCCCGUUUCACUCUUGCCUUCGGUUCUGCUUCCUCCGACGCUCGCACCUUCUGCCAAGACCAAGUCUUCCCUGCGGCCCGUGUCGCGCACACCUUCGUAUAAUGGCUCAGGUGACCAAGCGCCUGCAGGACUCUCAGGCUAUUACUCGGCCUCAGACUCCUGUCACUCCGACUCCGACUGGAGUGACGAGGAAUGGAGUGAAGAGGAGCGGAGUGGCCCGCCCUCGUCAUUGCGCAGAGUCUGCUCCAAGUUGCGAGUGUACAUCAAGAAGUUGGUGGAACACACCUACUUCCAGCGAGGGAUCCUGGUGGCCAUUCUCAUCAACACUCUCAGUAUGGGCGUCGAGUACCACAACCAGCCCGAGAUACUGACAACCAUCGUGGAGACGAGCAACAUCAUUUUUUCAGCAGUUUUCGCUCUGGAAAUGCUGCUGAAAGUUAUUGCUGAAGGGCCUUUUGGUUACAUCAGUAAUGGCUUCAACGUCUUUGAUGGUGUUAUUGUGAUUCUAAGCGUCGUGGAGAUGUACGAGAGCUACACGACGACGCACUUGGACCAGCAGGCCGGCCAGGGAUCGGGGCUGUCUGUGCUGAGGACCUUCCGCCUGCUGCGCAUCCUGAAGCUGGUUCGGUUCAUGCCCCAGCUUCGACGCCAGCUGUUUGUUAUGCUGCGGACCAUGGACAAUGUGGCUGUGUUCUUCUCUCUUCUCAUUCUGUUCAUUUUCAUUUUUAGUGUGCUAGGCAUGUUUCUGUUUGGUGGAAAGUUUUGCAUUAGAGCGGAUGGGAGUGGCGAUUGUACGUGUCGAGAGAUCCUGGACCCAGGGGCUGGGUGCAAGUGCACGAGGAUGCACUUUAACAACUUCCUGUGGGCUACCGUCACGGUUUUCCAGAUCCUGACCCAAGAGGACUGGAACGUGGUGCUCUUUAACGGCAUGGAGAAGACGAGCCACUGGGCCUCGCUGUACUUCGUGGCCCUCAUGGCCCUCGGCAACUACGUCCUCUUCAACCUGCUCGUUGCCAUCCUCGUGGAAGGCUUCUCUGCCGAGAGAAAUGAACGAUUAGAAAAAGAGGAGAGAGAGCUUGAGAGAAAAAAGAAAAAGGAAGAUGCAAAAUCUCUGGAAGGCCCGGAGGAUGAGAACAAUGAUGAUAAUAAGGAUAACCCUCCAGAUGAGGAAAAAGGGGAGACCUCGUCAAGGUGCACUUCAGAAGUCACCAAGGACAGCCAAGGGCAGGUCAGGGGCACCCAUGAAGUAUCUAUACGGAUUCCGGAAAAUUCAAAGCAAGCAACAGCACUGUCCAAAAGCACCCAAGUAUUUUACAAGAGUGCUCCCGAGCCGGCUAGCAGCACUACUGCAGCCCCGAAGGGACCUGCAGAGCCUGUGCAGCAACCUGAUCCUGGCAACCUUCCAAGUCCAGAGCAGAAUAACGAACCUGCAGAGGAUGAGAAGAAGAGGUCAGCUUCUACCCUUGAGGCUCCCGACGAUGAACGACGACACUUGAAGGGCAACGAGGACCGGGUCAAGGAGAACCAGCUCAGACAGAAGCUAAUGUACGAUGACCCCAAGUGUAACAUUGAGAAAGAGAGUAAGUUGCUGCAGAUGCCACAGUCACAAGGUCGGGACAACAGAAUCUCAGAACACGCCAUGCUCCCUCCAACACCAGCAGGCUUCACCCCCAUCAUGGCUGCGCCUCCUUCCCUCCUUGGGUACCCCCCCAUCAUCACCCACACGGCUGCCACUCCUCAGGGCUCGCCCCAUGCCACGCUCGAGUCAUGUGGCAGAGGAGAGCUCAACAACAGGCUGACUCCGGCGAUGGCUCUGUAUGGCACUACGUCAGAUCAACCUGACCAUCCUCAGGGCGUCUUGAGGUCAGCUUCGAUAAAGAGCAACAACACUACAUCUUCUCGAUCAUCUCGAACUUCAAGCCGCCUGGGGUCCCGCGCCUCACACAGACGCGAGUCCCUCUCUCCACACGACCUGCCAGGCCGCCGGGAUUCGAUUAGUCCAUCUCCUGGAUGUUUCAGUCUGAGUCUCGGCAGCAGCAGUGGCCACAGCAUCACGCCAUUGCUGUGCCAGCACCUAGGGUAUGCGUGUCCUAUUAGCAGGGAGCGCAGCGGGAGUGGCGGUGGCUCUCCGCUGUCCUGGAGAAGGAACGGGUCCCAGCGACGGCGACGCGGAUACAGCACGAGCGGCGGGUCGUUCCGGCGAUCGCACGUCGACAAGGAGAACCUCGUCUGUCGGGACUCGGUCUCGGAAUCCGACGGGGAGGAGGAGACAGCCCUCAACAACAACAUCACCUUCACUAAUAACAAUCUCAAUAAUCACCAAACUACGAUGUUAGGGACAGAUCAUAGUCACUGUAAUGGUUUAACAAGCAGCCAUGGGCAGGUGGCUCCAAGACGCUCCAUCCUCACACAGCAGAACUCCAUAGGUUCCCCAAGGACGCUAAGCCCUCAGAAUUCUAUCCGUUCUAGGGGUUCUUCGCCUAGAUCACGCCAGCCGUCUGUGCAAGGCCAGACGUCAGUGUGUGGCUCAAUCAAGGAGUUAGAGUACAAGCAAAACAACCUCAGCCGAGCCAAGGAGGCAGCGGCUGCAGCAGAACAGGAAGAGGAAGAGGGAGGCAGCGAGGCAGAGGUAGAACACAUACGCAAGAUUUGCUUUGUGUUCGAGCCAAAGGGCUGCUUCAAAGAGAGACAAGAAUAUUCCAUGUUUUUAUUUUCUCCAGAAAAUCCGUUUAGAAAAUCUUGUACAUAUCUGGUGUCCAGAAAGUGGUUUGAUUCAACGGUGCUCUUCUUCAUUGGCCUAAAUUGCAUCACUCUGGCCAUGGAGCGUCCCAAUAUACCCCCGGAUUCUACUGAACGAUUUAUUCUUCAAAUAUUCAAUUAUGUAUUUACUGUUGUUUUCGGCAUUGAAAUGUUUAUAAAGGUGAUUGCUCAAGGGCUUCUCUAUGGUAAGAAUGCAUACUUCAGCUCUGGUUGGAACAUUAUGGAUGGUUCGCUCGUCAUCGUUUCCUUCAUAGAUCUCCUUAUGUCUGUUCUGGUCUCAACCUCACCACGCAUCUUCGGCAUCCUUAGGGUCUUCCGUCUCCUUCGUGCUCUAAGACCACUUAGAGUAAUCAACCGAGCACCCGGGUUGAAAUUAGUGGUCCAGACAUUACUGUCCUCCCUGCAACCCAUCGGAAAUAUUGUCCUCAUCUGCUGUACAUUCUUCAUCAUCUUUGGCAUCCUGGGAGUUCAGCUUUUCAAGGGUACAUUUUUUUACUGUGAAGGUGAAAAUAUUAAAAAUGUCACAACUAAGAACGAGUGCUUGGCAGUUCCUGGCAACAUCUGGCUCAAUCGGAAGUACAACUUUGAUGAUCUUGGUCAGGCACUCAUGUCGUUAUUUGUCCUCUCUUCAAAAGAUGGCUGGGUCAAUAUUAUGUAUACUGGUCUAGAUGCUGUUGGAGUUGACUUGCAGCCAAAGGAAAACUAUUCUCAGUGGAGAUUGUUAUACUUCAUCUCAUUCUUGUUACUCGUGGGAUUCUUUGUAUUGAACAUGUUCGUUGGAGUUGUCGUGGAGAACUUCCACAGAUGCCGAGAAGAACAGGAAAAGGAAGAGAAAGCUCGCAGGGCAGCCAAAAGAGCCAAAAAGCUGGAGAAAAAGAGAAGAAAAAUGCGUGAGCCACCUUACUACAGCAGCUAUUCAAAGGCAAGACUUUUCAUUCACAAUAUUGUGACCAGUAAAUAUUUUGACCUUGCAAUUGCUGCUGUCAUAGGCCUCAAUGUCGUCACCAUGGCCAUGGAAUUUUAUAAGAUGCCAAAGGAACUGGAGUAUGCUCUUCAGAUCUUCAACUAUUUCUUCACAGCAGUUUUCAUACUGGAAUCUGCCAUGAAAAUGCUAGCUCUUGGAUGCAGAAGAUACUUCAAGGACAGCGAGGAGUUUAGGUGGAAUCAGCUGGAUGUACUCAUCGUCAUCCUCUCAGUCGUGGGCAUUGUAUUGGAGGAGAUGAAGAGUGAGAUCAUCCCCAUCAAUCCAACCAUCAUUAGAGUCAUGCGAGUGUUGAGAAUUGCACGAGUAUUAAAGCUGCUGAAGAUGGCAAAGGGCAUUCGAGCAUUGCUGGACACGGUCAUGCAGGCUCUUCCACAGGUCGGCAACCUCGGCCUCCUCUUCUUCCUUCUUUUCUUCAUCUUUGCUGCUCUUGGUGUGGAACUCUUUGGGAGACUCGAAUGUGAUGAUAGCCAUCCAUGCCAGGGGCUAGGAGAACACGCGCACUUCAAGAACUUUGGAAUGGCUUUUCUCACACUCUUUAGAGUAGCAACAGGAGACAACUGGAAUGGCAUCAUGAAAGACACACUAAGGGACAAUUGUGAUGAAGAGCCAGACUGCGUCAAAAACUGCUGUCUCUACCCUUUUGUGGCCCCCAUUUUCUUUGUUGUGUUUGUCCUGAUGGCUCAGUUUGUGCUGGUCAACGUGGUCGUCGCUGUCCUCAUGAAGCACCUCGAAGAGAGCCACAAACUGGAGGAAGAGGAGGCGGAGUUUGCUCGGCUGCUGAGGGUAAAGAUAAUCAACUGUGAAUGCCCUCACUAAUCUUUUGCAUUGACUGUCUACCUUCCACCCUCCCCCAUCUGCCCCUUGCAUUGCAUUAAUUGUUUGCAACUAUGUGCACAUAUAUAUCUUAUAGU